AUGAAUUUGUUUACUUUUUAAGAUAUUGCACGAAUGAGAAUAUAUCUAGAGAUUUUGUUUAAAUUUGGGAUGUUAGGAUCCAUCAAUUUACUUGUUGUCUUCAAGUUGAUCUAAAUAAUCUAUCUUGUAGGAAAUAGGGGUUUAUAUACAAAAAUUGAGAUGUCAAUUUUGAAAUUGGGAGCAUGUUUCUGUAUCAAAGAAUAAUUAAAUAUCUAAUUCAUUGUGAAUCUUUGA